GGCUAGGGGGCGGAGCGGGUGUUGUGAUCAGGCCCGGGGGUAACGAGUUCCGGGACCGGGCUGUUCUCUCACGCUAUGUCUGAGGGGUUUGAUCGUGCCCCGGGGGCUGGUAGGAGUAGAGGCCGCGGCGGACCGGGGUUUGGGAGAGGUCGGGGGUCGGAGCAGACGGCCUCAGUGCCCGGAUUCCGAAAUCACCAGCAGUCCAACACCGAGGACGGCAACAGAGCCAGCACACAGGGCCGACCGGGGGGAGCCCAGCAACAGGAACCCCUGAGACCACCUCUCACCAGUCCGCCUCACAUCAGUGCAGAUCAAAUAAGUCAGAAAAAGACUUCUCUACUUUCCCAAGCAAACCCAAUGGCAGUAUCCAAAACCCGGCCUUCAGAAUCGGGGCCAGUUUUCUCCAACCUGUCUGUGAAUGCUGCAGAGUUUUACCCUGCUGGAUACUCUGUAGAGUGCAAUAACUACGUAGAAGAAAACGGAGCAUUUUCAGUCCAAGAGAUGUGCUUGGCAGAAUAUGUUCAAGACAUACUGAACCAUUUAACACAACAGCCUGGGAGUUUUGAGGCUGAAAUCUACACGUUUACAGAUUUGCUAAGCAACGUCAUUACCACAGAAGAAUCCUUAAAGGAGCUCGUGGAACUUGUCUAUCAACAGGCAACAUCAGUACCGAACUUCUCAUACACAGGAGCACGUCUGUGCAAUCAUCUGUCUAGUAAUCUGCUGAUAAACCCACAGAACUUGAACUUCAGACAUGUGCUGCUCAUGAGGUGUCAGACAGAAUUUGAAAAGAGAGACCAGGCAGCAAAAGGCGAUGAAGCUACAAGAAAGCGAUUUCAUGCUUUUGUACUGUUCUUAGGUGAACUUUAUCUUAACCUUGAGAUAAAAGGGCCAAAGGGACAGGUGACUAAAGCACAGAUCUUGCAAAGCGGUCUCAAGGAGCUGAUGGAUGCUUUAUUCUCCAAUCCAGUAGAUGAUAAUGUAAUUUGUGCCGUGAAACUGUUGAAGCUUACUGGAUCAGUCCUUGAAGAUGCAUGGAAAGAGAAAGGGAGCUCUUACAUGGAUGAAGUGAUCCAGAGAAUGAAGAAUGUCGUUCUGGAUGCCCAAUGUAGCAGGUUGAGAAUUAGCCUAUCACAGGAUGUGAAACAAAUGCUCCUGAAAUUGGUGGAGCUUCGGUCGAGUAACUGGGGAAGAGUUCACACAGCAUCGACCUUCAGUGAAUCUACACCUGAAAAUGACCCCAAUUAUUUCAUGAAUGAGCCCACGUUCUAUACGUCCGAUGGCAUUCCCUUCACUGCAGCAGACCCAGAUUAUCAAGAGAAAUACCAGGAGAUGCUGGUUAGAGAGGAUUUCUUCUAUGAGGAGAAUGGAACAGACUUGCCUGGUUCAGAGGAUCCUUUCCUCGAUGAUUCAGAUGAUGAUGAUGAAAUGGACCCCGAGAUGGAAGAAGCUUAUGAGAAGUUUUGCUUGGAGUCGGAACGUAAAAGAAAACAGUGAAGAAUGAACGUGGCGAGUGUGAUUAUCAUGUUUAGCAAACUGGGCAGACUUAUUGUUCUCACACCAAAUUUAUUACGUUUGAGCUUAUCAGAAUCUUAGAAGUUUAUGCAAAACUCCAUGAUAAACUGAAUGCCAAAAAGUGUAUGCUGAUACCCUGUAACUUAAAGAUAAAUAGUUUGUGUAUAUAUUAUAGUUUAAUUUCUGUACAGUUCAAAGGAAAGUAUGUUUGCGUUGCAAUAAAAAUCAAUUCAAAGUUA